UCAGGCUGGUACUCUCUUUUGUUCACUUGAUAUCCGGGUUUCGGCGGUGCUGUGCGCCUUAAACCCUCCGCCUUCCCGAGAGGGGAGCAUCGCUAUCGCUCGUUCUUCAAUCCACCCGCGCUUCUCUCUAGGGUUUCUUUGGAGCAGAAGCGGCCAUUCUCGAUCGUAGAGAGACCGACAUGGCUGUUCCAUUUACACCUUCAAAACGACCUUAUGAACGUAGCCUUUUAGAACCACAUGGUAGGAGCAAGUGGCAAAAGACCACACAUUCUAUCACGCAGCAGAAUCAGUUGAAAGUAGUAUCCGGGGCUAUUAUGUUCCGUCUGCUUUGCCCUGCUUCGAAGUCUGGAAGUGUGAUUGGUAAAGGUGGUGGUAUUGUAGCAAGGAUACGCCAGGAGACUGGUGCAAAGAUUAGACUUGAAGAAAUUGUCCCUGGAUGUGAUGAAAGAAUAGUUGUUAUAACUGCUUCAGAGAGAGAUGCAAAAGCUGGUAAUGAGCAGCAUAAGGAAGAUGACGAAGAUGCAGAAGCUGCUGCUGCUGGUGGUGAUGAUACCAAGGAAGGUGCUAAUAAUGAUGAAAGGAAAGAGGAAACUGAUGCUGUAGAGGAUAUGAAAUCAGAGAAGGCAACAUCUUCGGCGCUUAAGGCUCUCCUGCUUGUUUUUGAGAGGAUAAUUGAAGGUGACACAGAGAAUGAUGGUGGAGUUGAAUCAAGCUACAAGAAUUCUUCAGUUAUUGUGAGACUCCUAGUUCUAUCUAGCCAAGUUGGUUGCCUCCUCGGGAAGGGUGGGAGUGUAAUUAAGCAGAUGUCAGCUGAAAGUGGGGCCCAGAUCAGAAUACUUCCUAGGGAUAAACUUCCUCUUUGUGCUUCACCAAAUGAUGAAAUUGUCCAAAUAACAGGAGUGGUUGAUUCAGUGAAGAAAGCUCUCCAAUCCGUUUUUCAGCAGCUCCUGGAGAAUCCACCUCGUGAUCGUGAUUCAUUUCCUGCAAACAAUCCAUCAGGGCCAUCAUCUCAUCCGUUUGCUUCUAUUCCCAGGCCAGAAGGUCUUCCACCAGCCAGCUAUCAUAUUCCGAUUCAGGGACCACCUUUUUCCAGUAGGCCAUAUGACCUUGCUGAUUAUCAUUCAAGCAUGGCUGCACCUGUCUCUAAAUUUCAUGGAGGUGUUGCACCAGGCCAACCUCCAGUUUCUCCAGAGCUACUAGCUUAUCGGUUGAUGUGUUCCAAUGACAAAGUUGGUAGUGUGAUUGGAAAAGGAGGGAGCAUUAUUAAGACUCUUCAACAUGAAACAGAUUGUGAAAUCAAAAUUCUUGAGACUGAACCUGAGUCAGAUGAUCGGAUUAUAGUCAUAUCAGGUCCUGCGCUCCCAAAUGAUAGGAUUUCGCCAGUCCAAGAUGCUGUCCUUCGCGUGCAGCACAGAAUUAUGGUGGCUGUGCCUGAUAAUAAAGAGAGCAUUGUUUUAUCUAGGCUUCUUGUUGCUUCCAACCAGACUGGUUGCCUUCUUGGAAAAGGUGGUGCCGUAAUAGCAGAAAUGAGGAAGCUCUCUGGGGCUCACAUUCGUAUAUUGGGUAAAGAUCAGAUCCCGAAGGGUGUGCCAGAAAAUGAUGAAGUCGUUCAGAUUACUGGUGAAUUUGGAGCAGUUCAGGAAGCUCUGCUGCAGAUUACUACUAGACUGAAGCAUCAUAGUUUCCGUGAUAAAUUACCUUCUAGUGCUCAUCCUGCUUUUGUUGAGCAGAUACUUCCAUUUGGUCCCUUCAUGGGAAGGAGGGACUCACCCCCCAGUUGGUACUCCAAUUUGCCUUCAUUUCAGAAAGAUUCUGUUGGUCGACCUUAUGACGAAAGAUCUGCUUUUGCUCAUACAUUUCACGGUACCAGUCUUCCUCCUAGUCUUGAAAGAGCUGCACCAUGGGCACCACAGGGUAUGAGGGAGAGUGGUGGUCCCAUGCGUAUGCCUGAUUACCCAGGAGGAGCCCCGCAAAGGAAAAUUAGUGGAUUUGCUGGCGGAAGUCACACAACUGUUAUUACUAAUACAACUGUGGAUGUCGUUGUUCCUCGAUCUCUUGUACCUUCCAUAUAUGGGGAGGAAGGAGGCUGUUUAAGACGGAUUCGCGAGAUUUCAGAAGCAAAAAUUACCAUCACUGAACCUAGACCUGAAGCAAAAGAGACUCUGAUUAUAAUAUCUGGAACACCCGACCAGACUCAUGCUGCCCAGAGUCUUCUCCAAGCUUUUAUACUCAGUGAAUCAGGUGCACCUUGAUUUGCGAACUGUGUUAAGCUGAUGGCCGAGAAGCGUGAUGAGAGCGAGAACAUAGUUUUGCAGAAUAGAGACUUUGAAAUUCAAAUUUUCAGUGGGACAUUACUAGGAUCUCUUUAAUUUUCAAACACACCAGAUCUUUCCAGCAAGGAAUCGCAACCUCAUUGCAAAUGAAUAUUUAAUUUAGUUCACCUAGUUGAUAUUACCUUUGGAGACACGCAGCAGUGAACAGGAGAACCAGAUAAUAUUUGAAACCUUUUGUACAAGAAAAAGAAUUGGCAUCUGGUUGUGUUGAACUAUUAUUUUGGAAGAAUAUAUGAUUGUUUAUCUUGUUUUCAUGGAUA